CAUCGAGGAUAGCUUGGCGUAGCGAUCGACGAUCGCGCUGCGCAACAGCUGGAGCCGACGAUUGCUGCGCACUAUUGACAGCGCCGCCACCACGCCGUCGACGCGCCAUCACUGGAAAAAACAUCCGCACACGUGUGCAGCGGAUCACCAGCCACACAGCCGUGCGCGACGCCACGCUGCCGAGGCAGCACACUAAAUGCGUCGAUCCAUGGCCGCGCUCGCAAAGACCGUCCUCAAGGACGACGGCCAUGUAGUCAGAAGAGUAGCCAUCGUCGGCGGCACGCACGGCAACGAGCGGAACGGCAUCUUCGCCGCGCGCCACCUUCUCAAGGAUACGAAGCGCGCGUCGCGGUCCACCUUCGAGACGACGGUCGACCUGGCGAACCCGGCGGCCAUCGCCGUGAAUAGGAGAUAUGUGGACGAAGACAUGAACCGGUGUUUUUCCCGGGAGAUGCUGGGCAGGAAGGCGACGUCUCGCGAGGCUCGACGGGCCGAGGUCCUGGAUCAAGCCUUGGGGCCGAAGGCGGCUGAAGAACGACGCAUGGACUUGGUCAUCGACCUACAUAACACGACGUCGGACUGCGGCUACGCUUUGAUGAUGCGGCGCGACGAUGCUUUAUCUCACGCUUUAUGUGCCACGUUGCAGAAGCAGUACGAGGACGUGCGGUGCUGCGAGUGGGACGACAAGCCCGACCACGCGACGCUGCCGUCUUGUGGAAGAUCCGGCUUCACGCUCGAGGUGGGGCCCGUGCCGCAGGGCGUCGCCGACGCUGUGACAUAUCAAAAGACGCUGGAACUCAUCGACUCCAUUUUAGAUGCGGUCGAGGCGCGGAACCAGGCAUUGCUGUCGCAGAAGAGCAGUGUUACUCUGGAACCGCUCGAGGUCUAUCGGAGAGUGGAUCAUGUCGACUUUCCGAGGGACGACGACCACGUCGUGGCCGGUUUGAUCGCGCCGGAAGUGAUUGAUUUCAAACCGCUGGAGCCGGGCCAGCCGCUGUUGCUGGGUUUAGAUGGAGAGUGCGUGAAGACGCACGGCGAGAGUGAUCUCACGCCCUUCUUCGUGAACGAGGCCGCGUACUACGAGAAGGGCGUGGCGUUUGUCUUGGCCGAGGUGGCCGAGGUGGGGGUGGAGGUCGUGUCUUAAGGCUAGUGUUGUCUGAA